AUGAAACAUUUCGUUAACAACAAAAUUAUGGGCCACUGCCGGAGCUCGGAGCAGUCAAGAAAUGAGACGGGUCGCGAGAGCCAAACCGAUUUUUCGCAAGAUAGUCGCAAUGAUGUAUGUAAAAAGCCACGUCCUGUUCCACAAAGUCCGUGUCCUGGCAGCCAGAAUGCGCCAGAGAGUAUGUACAUCCUGAAGAACUGCGAUCGGUGUCAGGAUUAUACGGUGCAGCCAUGCAAUAAGAAAUGCAAAUGUGCGAAAAGGAAUACGCACUGCUCAGGUCAGUGUGAUAUUACGAGUCAGGGGAAAUCGCGAAUGGGAUCCCAGGAGAGCCUAACAGAGGAGGUGCCACUAAAGUCAAAAUCAUCGAGAUUUGCCCCUGACCCUGUCUCAUAUCGUGGAAUGGGAGGCACAGCUCCAGUUUGCCAACUUUGCGGACAUGAGGAAAUCCAUCAAGCAGGUCAAAGCAUUUGUCCGAUUUGCAAUCAAAAGAUCCAGGCGGCCGUGGACAAUUAUUACGUGCAAUGCAAGGGACAAUGUCAACAGACGGCAUGUCAACCAUGUAUGCAUCAACCGGUUCAGCAACAGCCUCCGCCACAUCCACUGCCAUAUAACCAUCCACAUCCACAACAGCCCCAGCCACCUGGUCAAUGGCACCAGUUAAAUGGUAGUGGUCCUCAUUAUGGUAACCAACAGCAGCAGGGUGACCAGCCCUUCAACAUCAUUGUCCUGCAGGAUUGCAACAAUCAUGCCCUGAUCGAUCAGCUAACAACUGCUAUAAAUCGCGGAGGAGGUCAAAUGCAUAUGCCGACGGAAACACAGCACCCUGAAUACAACAAUUACCCGAAUAACUAUCGUAACCAACCACUAAGCGGGUAUAUAGACUACGAGUUCCUGGACCUCAAUCGCAAGUGGUACGAACCGGAAAGGGAGGAUAGGUGCGAUUACGGAUACGAUAUGAGUCCUUGGUCCAUGGAUUCCUACACCAGAGAUGGAUAUGAAGACGAUAGAUACCAGAAUUGCUGUUCGUACCACAGUUACAACUGUUCUUGUGAUGAUGAUCUCCACAAGAAACAAGGACCUUGGGGCAAUGGUCAGAUGAACGAACAAGGUCAGAUGAACGAACAAGGUCAGAUGAACGAACAAGGUCAGGGUCAAGGUCAGGGCCAGGGUCAAGGUCAGGGUCAGGGUCAGCACUUCGGCCAAGCUCAUAGUUGCACCUGCAACUGCGAGUUCUGCCGCAAAGGAUUCGAGUCCAGGGAAAAGCUGGCCAUGCUGAUUGCCCAGGCAUUAGAGAUCUUCAUCUGCAAUCAUAAUGCCAAAAAUGAUAACGAUAAGGACGGCAAGGCAAAAGAUGCAGAGAAAAAGGUUAAGAAAAACAAGAAGAAACCUAAAAGAAGGAUGAGCACAGAACCGGCUAUAGCUUCUCCUGUUAAGAAACUGAUUAGUUCAAAAGGGGAAAGUCUUCCGGUGACUAGAGUGGCGAGCAAAGCCCAACUUAGUGCGGCACCUUCGCCGUUUUCCAAGGCUACCUCCCUCUACAGCGUGGUGUCCUCGAAACAUGUACUAAAUCCAGCCACUUCGGUUCACAACGAACCCAGCAUGGUUUUUCUUAAAACCCAGUCCAGAAUCAAUGUCCAACCCGAAGAGAAGAGCCCAUUCUUUCUGCCCAACUGCCAGGAACAUCGCUGCAAGUACGACUGCAACGGACCUUGUUCCCGACCACCGCAUAAUUGUGGAAAGGGCUGCAAGGGCCACUGCCGAGGACCCUGCUCCAAUCCGAAGUCGAAAGGUGGUGGCGAUGGUCGAAAUCGCAGCCAGAAAAAUCUACACGGUCCGCGGCACACCCGCUGCCAGCAGUGCAACCAGGGCGGCGAAGGUCGCCAGUGGCAGGAAGUGGGGGCAAGUGAGUGCCCGAAGGGCAACAGUUCGGAGCCAGCCACAGGAUGUGCGGCCUGUGGGCCCACCAAGGAUCGCAAUGAGGGCGGCGGCAAGAGCGCCCUUCUGGGCCUCAGUCCCAUUGCCCACUAUCGACCCGGAAUGUUGCAGUUUCCGGUGAACUACCUCCUGGCGGGAACCAAUUUCCGACGGAGUCUGGUUCGCACCGCCGCCGGAGUUACGCUGCACCAAAAACCCUAUGUGGACAUGGCCAAUGCGAAGGAUCUGCCCCAUUUUCCCUGCCGCAAAAAGAGCAGCAGUCCACCACGUCCAAGGCCCCCUAAAAAGUGGCUCUGAGCUCCAGCCGCGUCUCCGAAAAUUAUGCAUUGUAGAGUAUCGAAGACCCAUGGGGUUAUCCUUCGAUCGAUAUAGUGCAUAAGUUCGCCCAGUCGCGAAGUGGCUUAUAGUUUUAGUUCCCAAAAUUCUUAAGUGUCCCUCUUUUUUAUUCAGUAUUUCACAUAUGCAAUAAACCAGUUAAUAAUCAACCCCAAAA